CAUGUAGGCGUUAAUAUUGCUACUGUUAUUAACGCUACACUUAAGAGCUUUAAGAUCUUUACUUAUAACUUAGGUUACUUUAUCUUUAAUAACACUAUAAAUAAUAACUUUAUAAUUAACGCCUUAGCUAUUAAAUAUAACUUUAACGCUUACUAUUAA